UCAUAGUAGAUUCCUCGGGCUAUCCCCAGUAUCCUCGUAUCACUCUCACCAUACCAGCUAGUUACAGUACAAAGAAACCAGUCCUGCGCCUGGUCGGCACAGUCGCCUCAAGAUGUGGAUGAAUGGUCAUAGUAGUCUUGCUUUUCCAUGACUUUCUUUUUUUUCAUUGUUAUCUUUCGUAGAUCCCUGGUGGCCUCCAAGCCACCUACCAUCGUCCUCCGCCUGCCUCGUCGUCCAGGCCCCCGUCAAGUUGAACCAUUUUCUUUUUGGGUAAGAAAAGUUGAAAGGUUGACAUUGUGCAAAGAAUGGAAAGGGGAAAGAGAAGAGAAACAAAAAUCACAUCCUCCGCAAAACAAUCCCUCCCAAAUCCAGCAGAUGAGUCACUUUUCGACCGCCCAUCCCCAUGCUUGCUCCUUCGAAGAGUGCUAUAUUAUACAGGAUAGGAAUCAAAACACUAGCACCUCCGACGUGAGAGGCUUGCCGAAUACAAACAUUCUAUCGUAACGGUAGAGAAGAAGAGGGGAAAAUAAAAUAUUGAAUAUAAGGCUGCCGGAUGCACCCGACGCGGGUGCAUCUAAGCCGAGUGGAGAGACACGCUUCAAAGAUCAAUCAAAAAGUAAAAAAGAAGAAAACA